AUGGUCAACCUGGUGACGUCACUGCUGAGCACUGCCAUCAUCUUCCUGGUGCUGGGGUUCUGGACAACAACCAGCGGGUCCAGCUGUGUUGAGAAGACUAUCACCAAUCUGGUCAAGCUGAUAACCAAAGGUGUGCUGUCCCAGGCUGUAUGGCCUCCCCAAGACCUCAUCCACAAACCUCCACUGGAGUACUUACUCUGGAUCAACCAGCUCCCCAGGAACCUCCAGGAGGAGGUGGUCCAUUUCUCUCUGCCCUGCAGCAUCCUGGUGCAAACGGAAAAGUUCAUGCAGGGCCCUGGCCUGGCAUAUGUGGCCUUCUCUCAAGCCGUCUCAUUGUUUCCUGGUUCCUCUUUCUGGGCCAUCAUCUUUUUCAUGGCUCUGGUCAUCACGGGUAUGGGCACCAUGAUAACGCUCCUGGAGGGCAUCGUGCUUCCCCUACAGAACAACAAUCCUACUUUGUCAAAGCAUCCGAAGCUGGUACCAGUGUUCAUCUGCUUGGGAGGACUUCUGGGCAGCCUGGUCUUCACCAGCCGCCCCGGCAGCUAUGUGGUGUUCCUGUUCGAUGACCACGUGGUCCCUAUGGUCCUCAUCAUCAUUGUGGUGUUCCAGAACCUUUCUCUGGCUUGGGUCUAUGGAAUCAAGAGGUUCAGGGCUGAGAUGUUCGGCCAGCUGGGCCGCCUGGUGUGGGCACCCUUCACCUUCCUGUGGAGCUACGUGACGCUGCCCACACUGCUGGCUCUGCUCACCAUUUACUUCCUGAAUUUCUACCACAGUGAAUCCCUUUACUAUAUCUCCUGGAAUGACAGUAUGAGCCAGGAAGUGAAGCAGCCUUACCAGAAGGUAGCCCUGGGCUGGGUCACCUUCCUCAGUGUCCUGGCACUGCUGCCGAUCCCCAUGUACCCGCUGCAGCACUGGUGGCACCUGGACAACCAAAUCAUCUGUGAAAUCGUACAAAGCCCUGAAAAGACAGAAACAGCACCCAACAAGACCAACCUUAUGUCUAUGCCUGCACACCCCAUCAGAAAAUUCACCAUCAGAGUCCAGGACAAAGGCUAGGUUCUCCUCUCAGGCAAGAGUCCCACAGAGGGCUUCUUCCUUCAUCCCCCAACCAUGUUGACAAAAGAAAAUGAAAACUACACCCCCUUCAGCCUUCAUGGGGGCACCAUCUCCCUCAACUACCCCUGA